AUGAUACUGAGAUAUCGCUUUUUCCGUGUUUUUAGUAAUCACGGUAGAAAACUAAGUCAUUACACACCCGCUGGAUAUUCACAACUUAUAUCAACUGCCGAAGUCAAGAAGUUUUGCAUUCAGUGCUUAGAAAAAGUCGGGGCACAAUCAAAACAUGCAAAAGCACUCAGCGAUGUCCUAGUUGCUGGCGAUUAUCGUGGCCAUUAUAGUCAUGGGCUGAAUAGACUAGAAAUGUAUGUACAGGAUAUUCAGAAAGGUGUAUGCUCAACGGAUUUAGAACCCAUAAUUGUGAAAGAAACAGUGUCCACUGCCCUUGUAGACGGAAAAAAUGUUUUAGGUCCAGUUGUAGGAAAUUUUGCGAUGGAGACAGCAAUCAACAAGGCCGAUAAAACGGGAAUCGCUUUCGUUGCGGCAUUUGGUUCCAAUCAUUUCGGUAUUGCUGGAUGGUACAGUCUCAUGGCUAUACAACAAGGGCUCAUAGGUCUUGCGUUUACGAACACUUCUCCCUUGGUAUUUCCUACACGAGCAAGAAAGUUAGCUGUUGGAACAAAUCCAAUCACGUUGGCAGCACCUGGUAAGGUUCCUGAGGACCAUUUUGUUUUAGAUAUGGCUACAAGUGCAGUAGCAUUGGGUAAAAUUGAAAUGAGUCGAAGAAGAGGUAUUGAAAUACCCAAAGGAUGGGGUGCUGAUACUGACGGGAAAACUUCUGUUGACCCAAAUUUAGUUGUCACAAAAGGUGGAUUAAUGCCACUUGGCGGCGAAGAAGAAAAUAGUGGGUAUAAAGGAUAUGGUUUAGGGAUGCUUGUUGAAAUAUUAUGCGGGAUCAUUACAGAUGCUGCAUUUGGACCAAAUGUCCGUCGAUGGUUAUCAACUGAUAAACCGGCUAAUCUGAGAAUGUCAAUUUACGACGAAGGCUCUAUUUAAAGAGAACUAGUUUAAAUAGGCAAACUGAACAACAAGCAAUAAAUUAACCGAUUACUUGAUGAUUCAGUGGUCAAUCAUUCCUAGCCAUCGAUCCCAAAGCAUUUGCUCCAGGAUUUGAACAACGAUUAUCAGAAUAUGUCAAUAUUAUGCGUAAUUUACCACCGGAAGGGGUUGGCAAAGCAAGGGCAUCAUUCUUACAACUGAAAAACAUAUGGAACUCACAACUGUCAACAAACAUCAAAGUCUGAAUUUUCAAUAUGAAUGUCGAGAUAGUUCUACUGUACAGAGCUGAAAAUUGACCGGACAUCACCAGCAACAGCCUACAAUGACAGAGAACAAACCAACUUUCAGCUGAAGAAUAAAUUAGGAAAAGAUGAUGGAGAUGGGUAGGAUAUACACUGCGGAAAUUAAACUGCAUCACAAAGCAAGCCCUAACUUGGGAUCCUGGAGGCAAAAGGAAAAGGGAAAAACCAAAGAACGCAUUGCUAGAGGAAUUGGAGGCAGACAUCAAAUGCAUGGAUAGCGCUUGGAAAUAUCUGAAAAGGAGAGCUCAAGACAAAGUUGGUUAGAGAAUCCUGAUCGGCAGCCAAUGCUCCACUAAGGGUAACAGGCGUAAGUAAGUAAUAUGCAACGUAGACAACCACCAAGCAAGUUAGAAGUUAGUUAGAGGUACCCGAAGCAAGAUAUAACAUUAUUCUGUGAGAUUACUAGUAAUUGAUGUGAUAGGUUUUAAGGUGAUCCACACUUUUUGUUUAGUAUUAUCUAUAAUCUGUGGACGAACACUCAAAUGGUAUAACAUGAAAUCAAUUAUUGUCCAGUGGAUCCAUACACAUUUUAUUCCAUUUUGUAUACUGAACGUGGAUAUCAUUUUACGCUUUCCAUGUCCGGAAGUAUUCAUAGCUCAAAUGAAUACUUUUGGCAAUGUUCAGUUCUUUAUUCUAUGAAUUGAAACAUUAGAUUUUCCAUCAAGUAUAAUCUGUGCCAAUAAGAAACUUUUACUACUAAAGGUAUAAAUAUUACACCUGUUGAACAGGUUAGUACCUAUAUGUAAACUUGGUGUAAGCUUAGUGAAUUAUGCAUUAGGAUUUAAAAUGAAAGAUAUUGGGUUGAAGUUUGAGCGUGAAAACCAACUAUAUGGUGAAUGUAGUUGACGAGUCUCAAGUAAGAUGAAAUAUCCCCUC